GAUCAGAAACAUUUGACACCAAGUUAAUACUGCAAAUAUACACAAUCUAAGUUAUUACAGUUAUCAAGGAUGGUUAAGUUGUUUUAAUAGGGAGAGAAGGAAACACUAAGCAUUCAGGAGGGUAAGCCUGUAGGGGUCAGUAACCAUAACACUGAACUAUGUUCCUGUUCGGCUCUUCCAUGAAGAUGAUGUUACAUUUUUAAUUUUAGUUCUUUCUUCUUAGAUUAAGCUUCUGGAUUCAUCGCCGGUGGUACUGACACAUAGCCAGUGCUCCUGUGUGGCAGGUGCUGUUAUGUGCAAUCACACAGUGGCACUGCUCUUCCAAACAGCACACUACUCACAACUCAGAGUGCCGGUUGUCCCCCUGUGCAUAGCUGCACCGAAUCUGAACAGCAAUGGCACAAGCCACGGACAGUGGGUGUGAAGCCAGGACCUAUCAACUCUAUGAUCUUCACUAAGCCGGUACCAAAUAGGAUGGCCCAGACUGGAGUACGGAGUGGCUUCUACAGAGGCAUGGUGGGUCCGUUACCAGAUCCCUGCUUGUUCAGAAUAACGGAGGCAUAUGCAAAAUUUAAUAUUGAGGACAGGCCACUUGUGACCACAAUGAACAUGAGACCUGACAAGCCCCUUGUGGAAAGUGCUUUUGGGCUGGUGCAGGAGGCCAGUGUUCUGUCAUAUCAGCAGCCGGUUUUGACAACCCGGUACAUCACACUACACCGUGAUGCACCAUCAACACCGCACUUGCCUCUGGAGGGGUAUGACAUCUUGCCAUCAGAUUGUGUGUUUGUGUGCUCAGAAGAAGAGCUUCUGCAUCUGAGAAGCUUGUCUGUAACUCUGGAAAUGGCUCACAAAAUAGAGGAAGCUACACGUGAGCAAAGCUCUUCAUCUGAGUGGCAUCAGCUCCGCAGGCCCAGAGUGACUGCCUCUAAGUUUCGGGAGGUGUGUCACGUCAGAGGCCAGAGCUCGGCAGAGCCACUAGCAGAGCGUAUAUUGAAGGGAACAAGGCAGACAGCAGACAUGAGAGGAACUGAGAUGGAGUAUAGUAGGCUAAUGAAUGUUAACUACUCACCCUGUGGCCUGGUCAUUCACCCCAUUGCCCCCUGGCUUGCUGCAUCUCCUGAUGGUGUUGUUUUUGACCCUAAUGAAUACCCCCAGUUUGGCCUCGUCAAAUUCAAAUGUCCCAAUGUACAAAACGUUAUUGACUGCAAAUAUGUGCAGAUGGAAUGUGGUACCCCUAAACAAAAAAAGAGCCACGCAUAUUACUGGCAAGUGCAAGGACAACUGCUCAUCAGUGGGAUGCAGUGGUGUGACUUUGUUGUGUGGGCACAAGAGGACUACCUAGUGCAGGAUACAGAUGUGCACAAUGCAAUCAGAGAAAAGGCUGACUACUUUUUUUUACAUAUAUAUGCCAAGAUACCUGUGUUUGGAAAAAUGAACAGUGAAAACAUAGCAAAAAGUAUUUCAUGA